AAUUUGUGACAUUACCACAAUUUGUGACACUCCGCUUAUAUAUUGCUCGAGUUUCAAAGCAAAACCGCUACAAUGUUAUAGUGGGUCACGAGUUCCGAUUAAUUAAAUGAGUAAAAUCGGGCAGCCAUCGCAAUUUUACAGCACUUGUAUUUCAGAGUCUUCACCGUCUACUCUUCAGUAGCUUAAUUCCGAUUGGUCUUUUUACACGGCUGCCUUGCGGUCUGGUUUAAUUCUCUGUUAAUUUUUCUCUUCAUUUCUCGGAUCUUUUGCCUACUUUCAUUUUUUCCUCUCUGUUUCUUUUCAAAUGUCGCAUGCCUGAUCUCUGUUUUUCUGGCCAUCGAUACUAGAUCCAGUAAGUGUUAUGGAUGCCCAGAUGUCGAUCGACAACGCGCUCAUUUAAGAAUUCAAGUAUCCUCAAUUAAUACUUUAUUCAAUGGAGCCGUUAAAACGACAUUUCAUUUUGCGUAAAAAGCCGAAGAGAAAGAUGAAGUCAACAAAAUACAUGAAGAGUUUUGAAAGGUUGAAAAUAGAUAUGAAAAAAAUCAGCAAAGAGCAGCAAAGCAUCAAAGAAGGGCAAGGUCAAGUUGAAGCAAAAUUCAAUGCUAUCGAACAAGAAUGCAAGCAGCUUUGCGACGAAAUUGAUCUAAUGAUCCGAUGCAGUGCCAACACUCAAAUCCGACUCCGCCUGAUGUUCAGUAUCCUCAAGGCAAGACAACAAGCCGAUUUCGGCACUGCUGCUCAAUUAACUGGAGUACUCCGUGAAAUUGUGGGCAGAGAUAAUGAGUACAAAAGUGAAGAAUCUGGAGUCCGUACUGAUGUGCAGGGCAAACAUGUGGUUACUUAAUGGACUAAAUGUGAGGUGUUAACGUAGGAAGUCAUGUUGAUUAGAUUUCAAGCAUUUUUUCUUGUAUCAUUUUUAAGCUAUGGAGUUGAAUAAAAAUAUUAGACUUGGAGGGUUGUUCCGAGUAUGGUCAACACAAAUUCUGGCUUUGUAUAAUAAGUGUAAAAGAUCAAAGUGUGAGUUUUAUUUAUGUGUAAGGAAUUUAUUGAAUAGAAAUUACAGCUUAAGGCAUAAGAAA